GCUGCGGAACACACCUGUCUCACUGCACCUCCACCUGUCUCACCGCACCUCCAAGCAGAACCCGGCGCCGAUCCUCAGGAUGCAGAAGUGUAUUGGUGGUGUUUGUAUCUCUCUGGUGUUUUGUGCAGUCUUGACCGAGACGCUGGGAAUGGUCAUUGCGGCGAAAGAGAAGCGUGGCUGGACGCUGAACAGUGCUGGAUACCUGCUCGGCCCCCGUCGUAUUGAUCAUCUAAUACAGAUAAAGGAAGCUCCCAGUGCAAGGGGGAGAGAAGAGCUGCUUGGUGAAUAUGGCAUCGACAGUCACAGGACGCUCAGCGAUAAACACGGUCUGGCCGGGAAGAGGGACGCUCUCAUGUUGGACGAGAUCAAAUCCGGACCUCUGAGAAUAGCAGACGAAGACAUCGUGCACACCAUCGUAGACUUCCUGUCUUAUCUCAAGCUGAAAGACAUGGGUGCCCUGGACAGCCUACCCUCCUCUCUCACUUCAGAUGAGUUCACUCAGCCCUGAAGCUCACACCGCUCUCCACCCAACUGACCACCUCUGACCUCUGACGUGCGCUACAAUGGAACUGCGUCGCUGUUGUUUUUGUCGUGUGCUACACUGUAACUCUGACUGAAGUGAAGAAUAAAAGUUGCAUUU